AUGACAUUGUUAAGUUACGGUGUUGGAAUGGUUCCUAUUCUACUCGAGUCAUCACAUCAAACUUCAAGUAUAAUACAAAUAUCCAAUGGACUUUUAUUUGGAACAUUACUAUUCCUAGCUAUACCUGAAACUUUAGAAUUAUUCAUUGAUACCCACAAAAGUCUUAAAUGGAUUAGUUUUAUGAUAGUUUUUGGAUUCCUAUGUAUGCACCAAUUGGAAUUGUAUAAUCAUAGGACAGAAGAAACUGUCAAUCUAGAUCAAUCUAUCCCAUCACCCGAUCAUGAAUUAACUAACUAUGAAGUAUUUAAAUCAAUUUUCCAUAAUACUUUGAUUUUAACUUUGAUCCUACAUUCCAUCGUUGAUGGUAUUGCUAUAGGAUCAUCAUUUCACAAUAAAGAUAUCAGUUUCUUAUUUUCAUUGGUGAUUAUCAUUCAUAAGUUACCAACAUGUUUCAGUUUGAGUGGAUUAUUACUAGAAGGAAAGACAGACUUGAGAUUAAUAAGACUUUAUAUUGGUAUUUUCUCCAUAACAACCCCAAUAUCUUCAAUCUUAACCUUCUUGGUCUUGUAUCUUAUCAAAAUCAAUGACUUUAUUAUCAGCUUAUGUUUACUAUUCAGUUUAGGGAACUUUUUAUAUUUGUUAAUGGUAAUCAAGAAACCUGGUGAUACCAAUGAAAGAUUGGUUUUCAUGGUGGGUUUUAUGGUACCUUUAUUAUUAAGUUUUUUAAAUGAAUAG